AUGGUGAAAAAAGAACUUCCGGAGCCCAACAUUAUCUGUCUUCAAGCAAUGAGCGCCGUUACUGACUUGAGCAAGAGGCACGUCAUGAAGACAAUGGGGUCCUACAAGAAGGGUCUCUUACUCCGGACUUUCUUCAAGAGCGUCUUCUCAUUGUCCCCGGUGAAGGCAGGACAGGAGGAGGGAGACAUGGACUCUUCUAUGGUUCAGUUCACAAAGAAGGUCUUUGCCAUCGCCUGCUUCAUGGACCUUGAACUUGAUGGGAAUCAGACAUCUACUCUCUUCAUUGGAACCUAUCAAACCUUCAGUGAGAUGCUCCAGCAACUAAUGGUGGAGAAUCCAGUUCCUUCAGAGAUGGAAAGGAUCUUGCAACUUAUGGUUCCUUGGCUGCAGUCACCCGAGGUGGACCUGCGCGAGAGGGCCAUUUGGAGCAGCGCCUCGCUCCUCAGUUUUGUCGCCAGCAAAUUGCAGCUGGAUACGAUGUCCAAAUUCUCCCACCUUGGCCAUCUUGUAGCCGUGCUGGGAAUCUGCUGCGGGGACCCUGUCAAGUCAAUCAGCUCGAAGGCUGCCAAGAGCGUCCACCUUCUCCUGUCCAUUGUGCUGGGCCAAAAGAUUGCAAGAUUAGACGAGAAUAACAUCCACACCGAAGCCAUUAAGUGGAAGCACAAGGAAUUUCUGGAAACUUGGAAUCCGCUGGUUUUUCUCAAAAACCCUUCCAGAGUCGCUGAGGUGUUUGGUGUCUACUUCAGCCCCAGAGAGAAAACAGAUUUCAUCCUGACUGCUCUGGACAGGCUGACCGAGGCCUGCAGUAAUUGGUCUUCUGCCACUACGGAGGCCCUUCUUGCCAGCAUUGCCAGGAACUGUGGUCCAGAAAUAGAAAAGGUACCCGACAUUAUAGAAGGCAUCUGCAGCCAUUUGGACCUGAUCCGUCGGCCCAGCACCAGAAAACUGCUGAUGAAGUUUGUGGGGAUGUUCGCGGGCAGGACCGAGCACUUAGACACAGUCAUCUCGAGUCUUCUGGAACAUUCCUUCCCGACAGACAGGUGCCAAACGCAUCCUUCAGCCCUAGUACGAAAAUUCAGUUCAUCUGAGCUAUGGCGGACCCUCUCAACUGAGGAAGUUGUAGAAGAACAGCUUCUGGAGAACUUGCUCGCCAGGCUAAAGAACCACCAUCAGAUGGAGCUGCAGGCUUCUUCCCAAUCCAUCUCUUUAACCCAGGCUCUCUACGAGGUGAUCUCCGUUCCCGAAUCCAAGGAAGCCAUCCAGCGCCUUUUUCCAGAGCUUCUGAUGACGUUCCUGGUGGAGCUUCAUUUCAGCAGUCGGAGAGAAGCUUUGCCAGACAUGGAUUUCCUCCCGAAGCCGUGUGAGCAGGCCAGAAGCCCAGCCAGCUUUGCCAUGGAGGCCAUCAAGCUCCUCCUGAUCCGGAUCGGAUGCCGCUACGAGGUGACGUUUAUGGAGAAGGCGCGGGGCUGGACAAUGCUCCAAAGUGCCACUGAAUUGCUCCAGGGCGCCACCCUGCUGGCCAGAGCCAUGCUACAUUUUGCUUGCCCUGAGAUUAUGAGGGUCCUGGACUUGCUAUUUUCUGUCCUCAGCAAAGGCAGCGAGGAAUGCAAGCCCACAACCAUUGCCUUCUUUGUCGAGUUACUUCACUACCAAGAGAUAGAUCAGUUCCCCUCAGACCAGAUCUUUGAGAUCCUUGAGGAAUGGACCCGAAAGCCCAGCCCAGAUGUCCGUUCUCUUGCCCUGAGAGCCCUUGGCAUCCUGGCCAUCCAUCCAGACAAGGUGGAGGAGGUCAAAAUCUUGACGCCCACCCUCCUGGGGAGCUUGGAAGAAACAGAGAGUGGCGUUGUCACAGAAGGCAUCACCGCCCUUCAGAACCUUCUAAAGUUCAUGCAGAGGAACGACGUUGUGACUCUGGCAGAGAAGCUCCUUCCUUUGUUUAGCACUGCAGAUGCUAAAGUGCGCAACUCCGCCAUUGCCCUCUUCGCCGAGCUGCCCAGUAUGGUGAAGAAGAAGGAGAAAUACCUCAUUCAGGAUCAGGUAGCUCAAAGUCUGGUCCCGCUGCUGCUCCAUCUGCAGGACGAGGACCCGGAUGUCGUGAAGGGUUGCCAGGAUGCUCUUCUCAGGUGCUUUCGGUUUCUGGGUUGGUCCCUCCCAAAGAAGAUCAGCAGCAAGAAAGCCUGGCACGAUCACCCUCUGAUCCUGGAGUCCCUCUGCCGCCAAAUUUCAUGGAAGGUAAAGGCCAUCCCCGCCAUCUUGCUCCAGUGCCUGGACCAUCUUCGGUGUCCCCAGGUUUCCAUCCGGAGAGCAGCUACCAUCUUUAUCGGUGAGCGCAGGAAAAGUGACUUUGUCAGUCGUUUCCUUGGCUGA